GUCACCCCUCCUCUGUCUGUGAUGGCGUGACCUGCCUGGGGGAGGAGCCUGAGGAGCUGAGAAUAAUGGCUGCUGCUGCUGCUGGGACCCGAGAGGUGUAUUUAGCACAAAGAGAAAAGUGACAUUCACCUCCAAGAUCUAUUUAUCUGAGGACUCAUCAGAAGACUGGAGAGCAACGGGAUUCUCAGAAGUCAGAUUAACGCUGCAAUACUUCACUAUGUAGCGACUUGGAGGCUCCGCUUAAGAGCAGAAGCCUAAAGGUUGUUGAAGGAUGGAAGAUCCAUCUCCGGACCCGGAACAUGGGAUGGAAACCAUGAAUACAGCACAAGACAGGAGAGAACACCCCGAUGGAAGUGAGUCCGCCCAGCUCCCCAUUCCUCCAUCGAUGGAUCAUGAUGACGUGGAUUUUAUGGGGAUCCAGUAUCCAGUCUGUGUGGGGAAUGACCGUGCAGCUAACAAAUCACAAAGUGAAAUGGUCCCAGAGAUAGAAAUCAAACUAGAGUCCAGCGAUGAUGAGGACAAAGCCGAUCAGAAUUCCUCAUGUUCCUUUCACCAUCAUAAAAAGAGAAGUAGACCCAAUGCAAGUUCUAAAGUCUUAGCAGGUGAUCCUGGGAAAGGCCUUGGUGAGGAUGACCGGCAUCUCAAAGGAUUGAAUGAUACACACAGUCCUAGCCCCUCAUCUAUUCGGCCAACCAGAAAGAGGAAGUCCACCUCUGAGGUCUGGGAGUUCUUUUGCCGUGAUCCCAACAACAUCUGCAGGGCUAUAUGUAGCCUCUGCCGAAUGAGCGUCAGCCGGGGGAAACUAGGGGGGAACUUUGGAACUACAGCUUUGAAGCGCCACCUGGAGAGCAAGCACCCGCUGGAAUGGGCACAGCGUAGGUCCAUGAGAUUGAAGAAAGCAGAUGUAGAGGAGGAUGAGGAGGAAACCUGUGAGGAUGAGGAGGAAAAAGAUGAGGGCUACCAAAACUCAUUCAAUGUACCCAGUGCACAGUAUGGUGCCCAAAAAGUCAUCCAAGCCUCAGAUAACUCGCUGGUGUCUCCUCAUUCUCACAGUUUACCCAUGACAUAUGAGAUCAUUGAUUCCAGUGAUGAGGAUGAAGACAAGGAAAAGGGUGAAAACACGGUGGAACUUGGAGAAGGACUGGAUACUAAGAGAAAGAAGGUUGAGGAUGUCGGUAGAAUAAAUAAUCCAGAUUAUAGCAUCAAUAUUAGACACACCACUAAUGCUUUGUUUGGAUUACCUCCAACUCAGGCCUCCAACUCGCUAAUGCUCAAUUUCCCCAACUACUGUGCAAUGCCUCCUGGAGCCCGCAGGAGGAGAUCUACCUCCGCUGUGUGGCAGUUCUUCUGCAUUGACGGCACAAAUAUCUGCAGAGCCAUCUGCACCUUGUGUCAAACAAGCGUUAGUCGUGGGAAACAAGGUGGGCAUUUUGGGACCUCAGCGCUCAUGCGUCAUCUUGAGGGAAAGCAUCCAUUAGAGUGGGGGAGAGGGAAGCUUAAUAAGCCAAAGAGUGCCAGUAUUGUAGAGGCAGAGGAAGAGGAGGAGGAGGAAGAGUCGGAUGAACAGAUUAUAUAUCCCCAGGGACAGGUGGCUUUUGGCCAGUAUGGGGCAUCUGGCUUCUCUGUCUAUCCUGAUAUGUCAGAUUGUAUAAACCCAACGUUUCACACUGUCUCCAUGGAAUACGAUAAUGAAAGUGAAGAUGCCUUGAGGCAGAAUAGUAAUGUCUCCACCGAGAUCGCUCUACCAUCUUUUAAGGAGAGUCAUUUGGAUCCAUUAAGCAUUAGCCUCAAAGCAAAUGGGAAAUACCCCCCAAAUCACCCCAAAGCUCAGUCUUGGAACAGUAGCAUAACUGAGCUCAUGUGUGAAAUGGCAUUACCCUACUCGUUCGUUAGCGCCAAAGCUUUUCAGAAGUUUAUGGCAAGAGCCGACCCCCAGUUCUCUGUUCCUACUAAAUCUUUUUUCUCUGGGAAGGCUGUCCCUCAGCUCUACGAAGCGGUCUGUGAGAAGAUAGUGGGUGAGCUGAAGAGGUCGGAGUGCCCUCGUGUCCACAUCACCGCUCACGUAUGGAGCAGUGACCUUACCAUGGAUUAUUUGGCGUUAACAGCCCACUGGGCACUUUUGAACUCCGAAGCCGAUAAGCCUACUGAGAGAAAGUACGCCGUCCUUUGCAUUAAACGUUUUUCAAAAGAAUAUACAGAGAGUAACAUCCAACAGGAACUCAUUCGGCAAGUUAAUUUAUGGCUUUCUCCGAAUGCCCUAAGCCCUGGAUUCUUCAUCUCCAGUGGAGAUUUCAAUCUUUUACAUGCCAUUAGAGGAGCCAAUUAUACCCACAUACCUUGCUUCACCCAUUCUCUAAAUUUGCUGGUAAAGGAUUUUCUACAGAACAACCGAUACAUUGUAGGUAUCCUCACAGUGGCCAGAAAAGUAUGCAGUCACUUUGUUCGCUCUGCCAGGGCAAGGAGGAUCCUUAGUGAGCUUCAAUACCAAAAAUGUUUGCCAAAACACUCUCUGAAAACAGAGACCGUACCUCACUGGACAUCCACAUUCUACAUGUUGCAAAGACUCCUGGAGCAGCAGAGGGCUGUCCAAGAGUACUUAGUAAUGCACAAAGUGGAAAUGAUGGACGUCCUUCUUACCUCAAGUCAGUGGAACCUCAUGGCUUCCUUGGUGGCUCUGUUGCAGCCAUUUGAAAUGGCCACUCGAGAGGUCAAUGCCAAUAACUCUUCGCUCAGUCAAGUGUUGCCAGAACUUCGGUAUCUCCAUAUGUUCUUGAAGCAAAUCAGAGGGCAUUUUGAAAGUAAAGGAGACGCCAAUGGGGUUGUUCUUGCUGACAGCUUUGCACUCAAGCUUUCCACAGAUUACGGCAUUAAUGAAAUGUUCCAGAAAGAAGAGUAUGUCUUGUCCACCUUGCUGGAUCCACGCUUCAAAGGAAGAAUUGAGGUAAUCUUGCCACCUGAGUCGGACAUUGACCAGUGGAAGCAGGUCUUGGUGAAGAAAGUGAAAGAGGUCAUGUCUUCAGCCUCCACCAUGUACUCAACUGCCCAAGCGAGCCGCCAGCCUGCCCCAUUCAGAGACAACGCAGAGUCUGAAAUUCUGCAUGGCAAACAUUUUGACUUGGAAACAGGCGGCAUGGGCAUGGUCCCAAACUGGAGGAGGAACGUGGCUGCCCCUCCAUUAAUCCACAAGGAGAAAUCAUUAAUUGAACACUUGGAAAGUGUCGGGCUUUUGGCCUCCAAGUCAACAGGGGCGUCCUUGUCGACAGAGAGUCAUUCCGCCUGCGUGAUGGUGGAAAAAUACCUGCAAGACAACAAAACCAUUGGAGCCAAAGAUGACCCUUUGAUCUACUGGCACAAACGAACAUGGGUGUGGCCAGCGCUCACUAAAUUGGCCGUCAUGUACCUGACCUGCCCACCGUCAAGUAUUUUUGCAGAGCGUGUUUUUAAAUCUCCCCACACCUUUGCGGACAAGCAACGUUUGUCAGACAUCAUGGAAGGAAUGGAGCAUAUUGUUUUCCUAAAGUUCAACCUGAAGAACUUUCCUGACUAUAAUCCCCCACCGCUGAUCUUCUCCUCAGACAAUGAGACAGAACAGAGUGACAGCGAAGAGGGGUUUUAAUGUCAUCACAAUAGAAAGCCAUGUUUCUCCUGCAACGUGAGUCCAGGCUUGGUGUCCAGUUCUUGCAGACUUGAGCCCUCACCACACUUUCAGGUCUUUAUCAAACUUUGAGUCUGAUGGUGACAUCCCAGAUCUUAUCUCCGCAGUGCCCCGGGAUAAUGUGCUGCUCUCAUUAUGUUUCAAUACAUCAGAUGGCUAGACGUUUCACUGAAUGAGGAAGUGGUGAUGUCAUUACUCACCAGUUAUAAGUGAUGACAUCACUACUUUGUGGUUUUAUGUAAUCUACAGUAGAUUAUCGCCCUUUUACAUUGUUCAUAUAUUUUAAUCACAUAAAUACAAAACAAUUACAUUGUCCUAUGUCUCCUCUGUCCAUUUGUACAUCUGAUCAUGAAACUCUCAUUUGUUCAACAACUGUGGCUGCACCAUGUAGAUGUAGGGUAUCUGAGAGUCACAGGGGUAGAUUUAAUAAAGGAUCUAAAAAUGA